CGAUUUAACCUUUAUUUUGGAAAAUGUUGCACCUGUGUAAUGAUGUUGAUGUUGAUAUGUACAGAGAGGAACUGACUGAAUUACUUAAAUUGGCAUGGCCAAUGAGUUUGCAAUAUUUAACUGUCAUGCUUCCAAACCUUGUCAGUCAGGGUUUCUGUGGGCACAUAGGAAAAGAAGAAGGAGAUGGCGUUGCACUAUCCAUUAAUAUCGUGGUUGCUCUUGGCAAUGCUGUGCUUUUAGGACUGUCUUCGGCGGCUGAUACUUUAUUCUCACAGAUUCAGGGAAGUGGAAACAGGGAAGAAUUAGGUGUUGUCCUACAAAGAGGUACAUUGAUUAUGCUUCUAUGCUGUUUUCCAUGUUGUGCAAUACUUUUGAAUGCUGGUUUUAUUUGUCGAUUAGUUGGACAAGAUGAAGAAGUUGCAAGGGUUGCAGGAGAAUAUGUGACUAUAUUGAUGGCAGGUUUACCAGGAUAUGGACUGACACUUCUCCUGUCCAAAUUUAUCCAAGUACAGUCAGUGUUGCUUCCAAGUCUUAUCAUAGGCAUCAUUAUUAAUAUAGAAAACGUAGCUCUGCAUGUACUAUUUAUCUACGCUUUGGAGCUCGGAAUCGGAGGAGCCGCUAUCGCUGUUGUCUUAAGCCAGUGGACUUCAGUCAUUAUGCAUGUAUUGUUUAUAGCAUGCACGGGCUACAAGAAAGACACCUGGAAAGGCUGGAACAAAUUGUGUUUAAACGGAUGGAGUACUUUUCUAAAACUAGCUGUUCCAGGAAUAUUCAUGCUAUGUCUGGAAAUUUGGACCGCCGAAUUGACCACAUUUUUCACUGGACUAACAAGUAAAACAGAAUUGGCUGCAUAUGCUAGCUUGUUUAUUGUUGGAUUGAUGAUUACAGGUGUCGUCUUUGGUAUGUCUGUUGCAGUGAGCAUGCGCGUGGGUAUUCAUUUGGGAGCUGGAAAUUCAGAUCAAGCCAAUGUAUCUUCUAGGGUUACAAUAGGUUUUGGAUUUUGUUUUGCUGUGGUUAUUGCUGGUCUUCUAAUUUCUUUUAAAGAUGUCAUACCUCAUUUUUUCUCAAACAAUGAGGCGGUUGUAUCCAUGGCGACUUCCUUCACACCUCUGUUGGCAAUAUUCAAAUUUUUCGAAAUUUAUCAGAUAAUGUGCACAGGAAUACUGCGAGGGAUUGGUUUCCAGACAUUUGGGGCUGUCGUGAAUUUUAUUGGCAAUUUUCUCAUAGGGUUUCCAGUUGCCUUAUCCUUGAUGUUAGCAUCACCCUUACGUGUAGCAGGUGCUUGGUUUGGUACAAUCGCUGGCGCUGUAGUACUCUGUGUUGCCUUUAGUAUCAGAAUCAACACUGUCGAUUGGAAACAAGAGUCUAUAAAGGCUAGAAAAAGAGCUGGUAUGAAAAUAGAAGACAAUACAUGGAUAGUCAAUGACGAAACAAAAAAUAUGCAAUUGGGUGAGGAAACUCAGGAGAUUAAAGAUUACAAAUCAUUUGAUACCUCUGCCAAAAGCGGAAAAGUCUCCUCAAACACACCAACAAGUUCAGCGACAAACAACCUAGACGUCUAUAGUAAAGUGGUCACACUAGUUAUUGUUAGCUUGAUAUUUGCAGGUGGUUUAUCUGUUCGAUUGUAUGUAAAUAUAUGA